CUUAUUUGCAUCUGUGAUAAUGGGCUUAUUUCAUGUUGGUCGCCAUUUUGAAAAAAUCCUUCACGAAAACGAGGCUGUGGUGGGAGGAAUUCCGGAAGUGUCCUGCGGAGCUGCAAGAGUGGAGCACGGCGAGUCCAUUCGGCGAUACUGACAUGGCAUAUUGCUGUGUGCCAGGUUGUAAUUCCUAUAAAAGGCGAGAAACGGAUCAGCACUUGUCCUUCCAUCGGUUUCCGUGCAAUCCAGACACCCGUCGCCAGUGGAUUGUUAAAAUCAAAAGAGAUGUUGGACCCUAUUUUCAGAUCACAGACAACACAAAAGUGUGUUCCAAACACUUUUCCCAAGACUGCAUAUUAAAAUCGAUUACAGGAUUGAACAAACUAAAAACCGGCAGUGUGCCUACGUUGUUUUCAUGGUGCCAGCUCAAGACGAGGAGGACAAUAGAACGAAUCCAGAGGGACCCAAUAGCAACAGCAUCAGAGGGGGAAUCAAUCGCAACUUGUGACUUUGAUGAAGAAGAGGAAGAAGUGCAAAUUUCAAAUCUGCAUGAGAAAGAAACUUCUAAGCAGGUCUUAGGGACACUGGGUGAUCAUGACUAUCUGGAGGAGACCCCGACUGUAGAAGAACAGCUUGAUGCAGCAAAGAGGGAGAUUGCCCGUCUGGAGGAAGAAAAUCAAAACCUGAAGUUGGAGCAAUUUCAUCUGCAACGCUUCCAGUGUGAGCCCAAAAUGAUCAUGUUUUACACUGGAUUUAAUGAUUAUGGCACACUAAAAGCUGUUUUCCUAGCUCUACAACCUACAGCUGAGUCUAUGAUUAGAUGGAGUCAAAUGCAAAGGCUAAAUACUACAGAACAAGACUGUGUAAAACCCACAUUCACAGCUCAACACCUAUGCCUAUUUGACCAGUUCUUUCUGUUCCUUUGUCGUGCACGGCAGGGUUUUUUCGCUGCAGAUUUUUAGCUGUGCGGUUUAAUGUAUCGCCAGCAACAGUCAGCAGGGUUUGUAUAACCUGGUGCAAUUACCUGUACUUUAUGCUUGGUACAUUACCAAUAUGGCCAAGUAGAGUGGCUGUAGAUGAACUGAUGCCACCCUCUUUUAAACUGACAUUCCCCAAAGCACGAGUGAUACUAGACUGUACAGAAAUCCACAUCCAAACCGCAAGCUCAAAAGUUCUUAACACAGUCACAUACUCCCAUUAUAAAGGUACCACCACACUAAAGUCACUGAUUGGUAUUACUCCUUUUGGGUCAAUUAGUCUAGUCAGCAACCUGUACACAGGCUCCAUCUCAGAUAAAGAAAUAACCAAAGAGUCUGGUAUUCUGAGCCUACUUGAACCAGGGGAUGAAGUAAUUGCAGAUAAGGGGUUUCUUAUCAAAGACCUCCUCAGUGAGAUUGAUGUAAAACUUGUCAUUCCUACAUUCUUGGGGCCAAGUGGGCAGUAAAGAAGAGUAAAGAAGAAAUUACAUACACACAAGAAAUUGCUCGCUUGAGGGUCCAUGUUGAGAGGGCAAUCAGACGCAUUAAAGAAUACCAUAUAUUUGACGGAGUUAUGCCCCUUUCCCUGUGUGGUUCAGUUAACCAGCUAUGGACUGUUUGUGCUCUACUUACAAAUUUUCAGGGACCUAUUUUUUAAAUGUGUUUUAAUUUAAUUAAUAUUCAAAGUGGAUUAUCGGACGUUAACAUACAUAGUACAACCAUGAACUAUAUUUUACAAAUUCAGUAUUUUAUUGACUGUACUGGACUUGCUGGACAACAAUCCUUACAAACAUUAACAAACGUAACAUUUAUUCAGCUGUGUUUUAAUGAUGUGUAAUUUUCUGUGUUUAUAAAAU